UCGGCGAGGGGCUAUAAAUAAGCACGCAACGGAACAAAGCGAGCUGUUUUGGGGAAGGUAGUGCACUUGCUUGGUACUUGCAUGUAAUCGCCCUUUUUUUUUCUUAAACUAAGGGGUCAGGAUCCCAGACUGACUGCGGAGGGGUAAACACCUGGGAAACGAAUGAAGAAACACCUCUUGCUUCUAUUCAAAUACAAAGGACUCGUGCGAAAAGGGAAGAAAAGUAAAAGACGAAAAUGGCCAAGUAUAUAUUGCGGAAGGCUGAACCCAAGGACGUCUCUGAUAUACUGCGACUCAUAAAGGAACUUGCAAAAUACGAAGACAUGGAGGAUAAAGUGGUGUUGACGGAGAAAGAACUGCUUGAAGAUGGUUUCGGUGAACACCCGUUCUACCACUGUAUGGUUGCAGAGGUGUCCACAGAGCUUCAGACCCCUGAGGGUCACACCAUUGUUGGAUUUGCCAUGUAUUAUUUUACAUAUGACCCUUGGAUUGGAAAACUCUUGUACCUUGAAGACUUUUAUGUCAUGAAAGAAUAUAGAGGCUACGGAAUUGGGUCACAAAUCUUGAAGGAGCUAAGCAAUACCGCAGUAAAAACCCGCUGUAGCAGCAUGCACUUCAUUGUUGCAGAGUGGAACAAGCCAUCAAUAGAGUUCUACAAGAGACGUGGUGCUUCUGAUCUGUCAUCUGAGGAGGGGUGGCGUCUCUUUAAGAUCGAUAAGGAGUACUUGCUGAAAAUGUCAGCUGAGGAAUGAAGUGCAUGAAGACUGGGUGUAGUCUGAGCUGGCCAUACUGGCAGUUAGUUGUGUGGUGGAGUUGAUGGUUUGUGUGUGUUUAUUUUUUUUUUCCCCCCAUUUUAAGCAGAAGUGGACAGUCGUCUGUACUAGUUUACAGUUGUGUGCUAAAUUUGUCCAAAAAAUUAACAAGGUGGGGGAAAGGGGGCCUUGUGUGGGUGUUUUUUUGUUUGUUUUUUUAAACAUGAAGCCUUGUAAGUCAAGUUCAAUGAAAGUGUUGAUUUUGGUUGAGUGGAAAUCAAUUUGAUUUAAGUAUAUGUUGGCCUUUAGCGGAGGAAUACAUUGUAAAUAUGCCUUUUGUAGAAAGGCAAUUUUCACCUCCUGUAUUAUGUUGCCCAAUGUUCCUGAUGUUUUGGACACUUGAACUGCCAUAAUGAGGCAUGUAGAAAGGGCCUGUUAGACAGCACAUGAAAAGCCCAAUUUUUAAAAUUCAAUUUUUUUUUCUUUGUGUUUUGAAUAUAUCUACUGAUGUUCAUGUAAAUGUCCAACAUAUGUCUUGCAUUUCUCAAGUACAGCAAUGGACUUGAUUGAAAGCACUUUUUUGGUCCUUUGUGGCCAUUCUGCCAAUGUAGCGUGAUGUAAUUUUCACACUAAUUAGAGAGAUCAAUAGACAUGUAAGUUUUUGGAACAUAUUACCCCUUUAGUAGACCCAAGACUUGGGAGCCGAUUGAGUUUGUAACAUUUGUAUAAAGGAUUAAAUGUAUUUGUCAUUCUG